GUGGGGUUGCGGGUAUACCUUGUUUGUCGGUAUGUACACCUGUACGACGGCCUAUCCUAUGGCGAACUCGACUCUCGACUCUCGAGUCUUCCUUGCAGCAGCAGCAGCAUCAAUUCGUUGUCGUUGUCGUUGUGCGACUCGUGCUGACUGCCAAACGGCUUCGAUCCUAACUACCGGUAACUAUCGCCAAACGGAAAACAGCGCAGCGGGGUCGGAGGACAACCCAGUCUGGCUCGGGUCAUCCGCUCACACGCACCCCGCCGCGUACUCUCGACUUGUCGACUCUCGCCUAGGUACUCUGCUCUACUCAGGUAUCCCGGAAAGCAGCCAGAGCUGCUCGCAGUCGCAGUCGCAGUUACGGAUGCUCUCGGGAAGUCGGGAAGUCGGGGAUUCAGGCAUCGGAAAUAGUAGAUUGCGAAUACCGUAUGGACGGAGCGAAGUCGUAAUGGUCGUUCGAGUUCCACUGCGACGCGCGAUCGCAUCCCUUUCGUCUCGUGUAACCUCCCAAGAUCACGGGUGGAGAGGGAGAGGGAGAGCUUCACAUGGUAGGUGCUGGUUUUCUUCCUCGUUUCCUGCACCAGCUCCUCCAGCAGUCGAUCGCACGAUGACGGAGUCCCUGCUGCUGCUCUCGGAAUUGCCACCCUCGCCGUGGCCAACCAGCAGGUACUAUUAUACCUAUCCUAUAGGUACCACGUCCCCAUAUCCAACAAACCUCUCGCUCCCUUACCCACGUGCGUCAGCCUCGGCCGGUGGGAUCCCGUCCGAAUACAUACAUACAUAGAGCUCCCAUGUAUGUAACAUAGGUAGUAACUAGCGACGCAAUUCCCACAACCUGGGUUCGCGAUGUCUCAGAUGUGAGUGUUUCCCAAUGAACAGUCCCCACCGUCCCCACCGUCCGCACAUCCACAGCAUCCACAGCAUCAUCAGCAGCAUCACAGGGCCCGCCGCCAUCUCGGAGUCAAGACACGUAGGAGGAGAUGUGUGGGCUGAUCGCAGGGCGGGAGGUCUCGGCCUCUCGGGCUCGACUCGCCGUUUCGUAAUAAACUGGCCGGCCAACCGGCGAUAUCGCCCCGUUUGGACGGUGUGGCCGCUGGCGACGAUACGAUUACUACUAU